AUGAGAUUAACUUUUAUAAUAUUGUUUAAAAUAUUUGUGUUAAUUUAUGCUGAUUCCUUAAAGCAAUUAUUUGACCAGCCUAGAGAAGUAACAAUUAUUUCAACUAAAAAUGCUGAAAUACGAGUAAUUUCAAAUAAACAGAAUUUUUUUGUUAUGGGAGGCAUACUAGGACGCAUUGAUGAUCUUCUUCUGGAUAUCAAGCGUAAGACUGGUUUCUGGUUUAUUUUCAAAAACUAUGUGAGAGAAUUCUUCGGCGGAACUAAUUUGAAGAAAAUUUUGGAUGCAAUGAUGAUGGAUUUGCUUAAAUUAAAGGAAAAUUUGAGAAAAAGUCCGCCACACUAUAAAAAUAUCCGUAUUGAGCUCGGUCAACUCGAUGAAUUUGGAUUGAACAGAUUGGGUAAAAAUGGUGAGGGCAUCAAAUCACGGACAUUGGAUAAUUUUAGAGCAAUUAUUAACCCGUUGGUAAGUGAUAUAAAAAUGCAACUUAUAAUUGGCCAGUCAAUCACUAUAAAAGAAUUUGAAGGAAUUAAUAAAAAGCUUGAAGAUGCAAUUUCAGAUCUUAAAGAUAAAUCUAAGAAAAUAAUAAAUGAAAAAAAUAUUAAAGGAAUAUUGGGUUUAAUUGGCAGAAACAUCACUGAAGCUCGGUUAAAUUUGUCGUCGAGAUAUAAAGAGAUUAAAUCUAAAAGAAUGGAGGCCUUGCCUCUGCGUUUCAGGGUAUACUUUUAA